AUGAGCGGUCAAACUCAAAUCACUAGCAAUGACCGAACGAGAACGUAUUGGACACCAACGAUGGAGCGAUUCUUCAUCGAUCUAAUGCUUGAACACCUGCACAGAGGCUACCGAACCGGACACACUUUCAACAAACGAGCCUGGAACGAGAUGCUAAGCGUUUUCAACUCCAAAUUCGGUUCGCAGUACGACAAGGACGUGUUGAAAUCCCGGUACACGAACCUGUGGAAACAGUACAACGACGUCAAGUCUCUUCUUGAUCACGGUGGUUUCUCUUGGGACCAGACUCAUCAAAUGGUCGUUGGAGAUGAUAAUCUAUGGACCUCUUAUCUCAAGGCUCAUCCCGAAGCUCGUGUGUACAAGACGAAACCGGUGAUGAAUUUUAACGAUUUGUGCUUGAUUUAUGGGUAUACAGUUGCAGAUGGGAGAUACAGUAGGUCAAGUCAUGAUGUAGAUUUUGAUGAUGAGAUCAGUGGAGUCAACAUUGGUGAAAGUAGUAGUGGAAGUAUUGUUCUUUCGAGUAAAACCGAGUGGACACCAGUAAUGGACCAAUACUUCAUCGAGCUAAUGCUUGAUCAGAUCGGAAGAGGUAACAAGAACGGUAACGCCUUCAGCAAACAAGCUUGGGUAGAUAUCCUCGCUUUGUUCAAUGGUAAGUUCAGUGGUCAGUAUGGUAAAAGAGUGUUGAGGCACCGGUACAACAAGCUGUCCAAGUACUACAAGGAUAUGGAAGUUAUCUUGAGAGAAGACGGGUUCUCGUGGGACGAAGAUCGACAUAUGAUCGUUGCGGAUGUUGCUGUUUGGGAUUCUUACAUCAAGGAGCAUCCACUUGCUAAAUCAUACAAGAUGAGAGCUCUACCGAGCUACAACGAUUUGGACAUCAUCUUUGCCUCUCCAGCUGAGCAAGAGCUUGUACAACAUCCAGUGCAAGAAAAAGAUGAUGGCUCAGCUGCACAAAUGAGUGAGACUAAGUCGAGACAGGUGCAUAGUUCUGACCGCACAAGGACGUUUUGGACGCCGCCAAUGGACCACUACAUGAUUGAUUUGUUAGUAGACCAAGUGAACAAAGGGAACAGAGUAGGGCAGACUUUUAUUUCGUCUGCUUGGAGCGAAAUGGUGGCAUCAUUCAAUGCUAAAUUCGAGUCUCAGCAUAGCAAAGACGUUCUCAAGAACCGGUACAAGCACUUGAGGAGGUUGUACAAGGACAUCAAGUUUCUUCUUGAGCAAAACGGGUUCUCAUGGGAUACAAGGAGAGAUAUGGUGGUUGCAGAUGAUGGCGUUUGGAAUAACUAUAUACAGGCACAUCCAGAAGCUAGAUCAUACCGAGUUAAAACUAUUCCGAGCUAUCCAAAUCUUUGCUUCAUUUUUGGGAAGGAAGUGGCGGAUGGGAGAUACACACGCCUGGCUCAAGCUGCUGAUCACAGUCCAGCAGAAACUAUGCGGAUGAUCGAAAGUGGAAGCAAAAAUGAUUACCUCUGCAGUAAUACUGGUCCUCCUUGUAUAGAGUGGACGCCGGUGAUGGAGAGAUGUCUCAUUGAUCUUAUGCUAGAGCAGGUGAAUAGUGGAAACAAGAUUGGUGAGACAUUCACAGAGCAUGCUUGGGCUGAAAUGGCAGAGUCCUUCAACGCAAAGUUUAGAUUGCAGACAGACAUGUUCAUGCUCGAAAAUCGUUACAUAUUGAUGAUGAAAGAGCGGGACGACAUCAGUAGUAUCCUCAAUCUCGUUGGCUUUGCUUGGGAUGAGGAGAAGCAAACCAUUGUUGCAGAAGAUGAACAUUGGGAAGCUUAUAUCAAAGAGCAUCCAGAUGCAACCAUGUAUAAAGGUAAAACCUUGGAUAGUUACAGCGAUUUGUGCAAGCUAUACGAGCAUUUAUCUCAAGAAGGCUUCAAUUGUGAGAAUCUCAUGAUCGAGUUGGAAAACUAUGGCAAUGAGAUUGAAAUAGCUGAUGACGUUAGCUCGCCUCACAAGCAGCAUAGUAAGCGACCAAACCCAACAACUCCGCCUCAAGGGCUUAAGGCUCAGAAGACCGAAAGAGAGACGAGGAAACCUGUAUGUGACAAAGAAGGUGAUGAUGAUGAUGAGUGCACAAAGCCUAUGAUUCCUCUGAACGAGAUUUACUCGAGAAUAGGAAAUGCCAUUGAUGCACUGCAAGCUUUGCCCGACAUGGAUGAUGAGCUUCUGUUGGAUGCUUGUGAUCUUUUGGAAGACGACAAGAAAGCAAAAACGUUCUUGGCUUUGGAUAGUUCCUUACGUAGGAAAUGGUUAGUGAGAAAGCUUCGUCCUUCAGGUAACUGUUAA